GUCUGAGGUCAGGAUGUAGCUAUUGUGUGUUAACUCUCUGCUUGGGCAGGAGGAUUUGGCCAGGCAUUCUCAGGAGGUGGUCAUUGAAGCCACAAGUGUGGGUGAGAUCUUCCAGGAACCUCCAGACUCCAGGAAUUUGGGCAGAGUGGCACCGACAUCACCAGCAGAGACUGCAGUCACUGACGCUCCCUUCCUGGGCAAUCUUGUGACUCAGAGCAGACCCUGCUCCACUUUUUAAAAGGAAGCAACCCUGGAGACCCAAGGGAGCACGAGGAUCGGAACACAGCAGGAGGUGGCUUUCCCUGGGGGACAGAGUUGGCAGCCUCAGCUUCCAUGUUGCCUUUCACCUUCAUCCUCCUCCUUCUUCACUCGGGCUGCCUCCAGGGAGGACAAGGUGACCUCCGAAAGGAACUGAAGGGGUUAAAGACUGAAUUUGCUGUCCGCCUCUACCAGACCUUGGCAGGAAGUGGAAAUGGGACUAACUUGGUCAUCUCGCCAGCCAGUGUGUCUGUCCCUCUGGAGUUACUACAGUUCGGAGCCCGAGGAAACACCUGUUUGCAGCUUGAAAGGGCCCUGGGGUAUACAGUUCAUGGCAAAAGAGUGCACAAUUUCCUGCGCACUGCUCAGGCGGCAGCUUCUACUUCCGGCCCAGGGACCACCAUUCAACUGGCAUGUGCCCUUUUUGUACAAACCGGAACAUCUCUCUCCUCUCAUUUCACUGAGCAUAUCUCCCUGUGGGCCAACAGCAGCCUGGAGACAACCAACUUCAGUGAGCCUAACAGGACAACAGCUCAGAUCAACAGAUGGGUCUCUAAGUUUGUUGCAGGAGGGAAACCCAAUGAGAAACCCAGAAAUGUCUCCUUGGAAAGGAUCCAUUCGACACUUGCUCAGAUUGCUCUGGUGAGCACCGUGUCCUUCCGAAGUAUUUGGCAAAAGAGAUUCGCCUUCACAGACACCCAGGUGUUGUCCUUUACUAGCACAGAAGGCCUCAUUCUCAAAGUUCCCAUGAUGUACCAAACUGCUAAUGUCAACUACGGCCAGUUCCAGGUCACAGCUAAGCAGCAGGUUGGGGUGCUUGAACUGCCUUAUCGAGGAAGCUCAGUGAGCCUAUUCCUGGUACUCCCUUGGGACAAAGCAACCCCUCUGGCCUUUCUUGAGCCACACCUCACGGCCAGUGCCAUUCACAUAUGGACAAAUAGUUUGAAGAGAAUAAAGAUGGAUGUUUUCCUACCCAGGUUCAGGAUCCAAAACCACUUCAACCUGAAAGAUGUUUUAAGUUCUUUAGGGAUCACAGAUCUGUUUGAUCCAUUCAAAGCUAACUUAAAAGGAAUUUCAGGUCAAGAUGACCUUUAUGUUUCUGAGGCAAUCCACAAUGCCAGGAUUGAAGUUUUGGAAGAUGGCACCAAGGCAUCUGGGACAACAGCUCUAGUGUUACUGAGAAGAUCUAGGACUCCAAUUUUUAAGGCAGAUAGACCAUUCAUCUUUUUCCUGAGAGAAUCCGAUACAGGUUCUGUCCUCUGUAUUGGAAGAGUUACAAAUCCCCUAGAAUAAUGGGUCUCAAACGUGGUUUCUUCAACUUCCCUCUGUGCAUUGAGCUUUCUCCUCAACAAAAUUAUGACUAUACUUUUAUUGCACGUGAGUUCUUCUAGGGUAUAAGUGUGUGACUUAUAUGAACCUGAAAACACUCAUAAAAAGAAUUAACAUGUUAUAUCAUGCACUGAUUUUUCUUUUACCAUCAAUAUCUCUUUUUCUUUCAGUUUAUUAAUUACACACGGGUACCAUUAGCAGUGAACCACAGUUUUAGUGGA